AUGGAGACACGACUAAUAGCAAAAGGCUUUUUAGAUUUCGUAAAUUUCUCAGUUUCCCCAUUUCAUGCUAUUUCUCGUGCCAAAUUGGAGGUGAUUUACACAUAUUUUUAAUUGUUUUAAAGCAAAGCAAAUAUUAUGAAAUUUAAUGAAUAUUUAAUAAUAAUCCUGCCAAAUCUUCACUUUUAUCUAGCAAAUUUCAAGAACUCCGUGAACAUGAAUCUUGGAAUCUUUCACCAGGUGGCAAGUAUUUUUUCACAAGAAAUGAAUCAUCAAUAUAUGCAUUUUCUGUAGGUUCUCAAUACACUCCUCAUGAAGGUGGAUUUCGCAUAAUAGGCUCACACUCAGAUUUUCCUUGUCCAAAGUUAGCACCUGUUUCAAAAUACGAAAAUGAAGGCUUCAUCAAGCUAAAUAUCCAAUUAUACGGAGGAGGUCUCUGACACUCUUGGUUUGACAGAGAUUUAACAUUAGCAGGCCGAGUAAUAGUUUCCCAAAAUAAUCAAAUACACUCCAAGCUGCUACACAUAAAAAGACCUAUUAUAAGCAUCCCACAGUUAGCAAUCCAUUUGACAACAAAUAGAGAAAAUUUUGAGUUCAAUAAAGAAACACAAUUUAAACCUCUUUUAUGCACAGGGAAAGCUGAAAAAGAAAACUACCCAGAAAACAAUAAAAGACAUGCACAAGGCUUGCUUGAAUUAAUUUCAAAAGAAAUAGGAUGCAAAACAGAAGAAAUUCUUGACCUUGACCUAUGCAUUAUAGAUACAGCCCCUGCAGUGCUAUCUGGGCUAUAUGAAGAAUUUAUUUCAUCAGCAAGACUUGAUAAUCUUAUGAGCGCUUAUUGCUCUUUGCAGUCUCUAAUAAAUUCAAAUACAGAUGGCAAAGAUAUUAAGCUGCUCGCAGCAUUUGAUAACGAAGAAGUAGGAAGCUUGUCAAUGCAAGGAGCAAAUUCAAUAGUUGCUGAGCAAACCUUUAGAAGAAUUCUUGAAACAUUGCCAGGGAAUAAAAAAAAUGAUGCAAUUGAGGGAUUUUUUAGAAGAAGUUUAGCAUUAUCAGCUGAUAUGGCCCAUGCUGUGCAUCCGAAUUAUUCUGAUAAGCAUCAAACUUGUCAUAGUCCAAUUGUGCAUGGAGGUGUUGUCAUUAAAGCUAAUCCAAAUCAAAAAUAUGCAACAGACCCAGUUGGAGCUGCAUUUAUUAGGACAUUGGCGAAGAAGUAUUCUAUUCCGACUCAAGAUUUUAUUGUGAAAAAUAACUCGCCUUGCGGAUCGACUAUAGGGCCUUAUAUUGCUGGAAAUACAGGUAUAAGAGUUAUAGAUAUUGGCGCUCCUAUGUUAGCAAUGCAUUCUUGCCGUGAAAUAAUGGGAGUAGAUGAUGCUUAUUAUUAUAUGAAAAUUAUGGCUGCAUUUUACGAUGAUUCUCAAAAUUAUUAUGAAGGCGCACUUUUAGGUUAA